UGGGGUAGCCAGACGGUCAGGAGAUUGGAAGGCAUGCCACAGCAGGCGAUUAUCAAAUUGUCGUCGGGCCGCUGAUUCAGACGGACGCACGCACCCGUCGCAGCCGCAGCCGCAGCAGCAGUGUGAAAGUGGGUCAGGCUAUGCAACUUUACUGCAGUUGUUGACAGCACAGGUGCUAUAAAGACACGUCCACGCUCGCCGCUCCCCGAAAAUGGAGACGAACAGAAACUGCCUGCGUCGCUUCACGUGCCACGAGGAGACCGAGUUUUCUGCACAGAGCAUCCUGCGCGCCAUGGACAAGUUCGUGAAGGCUGUGAAUGUGAUGGACGAGACGAUUCUGGUGCCGAGUCGGCUGAUGGACCUGAAAAUCUCGGACGAGACGAGCGGCAAGGAGCUGAACAAGAGCCGGCGGCGGCUGGCCAAGGAGCUGAACAACACGGACCUCUACAGCGUCUACAGCAUGAUCAACGGCGUGAAGAACGAGCUGCUGUGGGGCCAGCCGGCCGCGCCCGCGGAGGCCGCCUCGGACGCGGUCGAGCAGCAGACGCAGCCGCACGUGGUCAAGGGGCACAUCCGGCGGCCGUCGACCGUCUCGGUGGCGUCCACGUCCUCGGCCGUCUCGACCACCAGCGACACGGACUCUGAGACGGGCAUCGAGAACGACAUCGGCAGCGAGUCGGACGACUACACGCAGGCCGUGUCGGACAAGUUCAAACACCACCUGAGCGGCCUGUUCAGCUGCCUCGAGCACAUGACCGAGGCCGCCGCCUACCUCACCGCGCGCUACCAAAUCGACAUCGGCGGCUCCUCCGUCUGACUCUCUCUUUUUCCACGCUCCUGUGAUUUUUGAUUGUCGUUUCCGUUCGGUUGGUCGGUGCCCGAAACUUUCCACGUGCCGCCAAAGAUCGGUUUCCAUAUUUCAGUGCGAGGAUUUCGAUUAUUCUGUGAAAAUUCCAAGGCUGUUUUUUAACAAACGAAAAAUUCACGUGCCUUUUUUCUAUAUUAAUAAAUAAAAAUUGAUACAUUUCGAAAUUUCUUGUGAUUUUGUAGCAUUUCAAGACGUUAUAAACUAGCCUUAAAAUUAAACGCAGUAGGUAAACAGCUCUGAAAUUCGUAGUCCAUCGAAUUUCAACCCGAACCUCUGCCCGCAAUCGAAAUCCUUCCGUAUUCAUGAGGCUGUGAAGCUAAAUCGGUCUGAAAAGAAGCGUGGAAAGCUUCGGCGUGUCUUUUUGAAUUGAAAAUCAAUGCAAGUCAGUUUGAUAAUUUUUUCGUCUCGAAUUCGGCAGAGAAUAAAAAGUGUUAGUCAUAUUAUUGAAAGAGUGAAGAGUGGAUAUUUAGUUUGUUGACCCGCCCGCCCGCCCGCGUGACGUCACGAUCAUGCCACUCGCUUCUUCGCGGCAGCCGCCGAUCGGGUGAUGUUCCAUACAACGCGGCACAAUCGUCUCUAAUCAGCACUCAACCUGCUUAUUUUCUCGUUAUCCAAUCGACUCUCAGCUGCACAACAACUAUGUUCGCAUCGUGUUUGUGAAAUUUGAAUAAUUAUUGUGUCCAGUGCAAAAACGUGCAUGCAUUUCGGAGCAAUGCUUCCAGAAGUCCAAUUUUUUUCUCAAUUAAUUGAUUAAUUGCACAGUGAGAAAAGCGAUUGAAAAUUCGAAAUAAUGGUGAGUUGCUCUCGGACUGUGGAAGUAAAUCUGAUUUUGGAAAUUUCGGAGUGACUUAAAUUCGCAACGAUGGUCAAAUGGGAAAAUUGGACUUUUUGAUCCAGUGUCUCAUUGUUUCUCGCUCGUAACAAGUCUGUUUAAUUGUUGAGUUCAAGAGAAUUUUUAAAAUAAUUAUUAUUAUUACGAUUCAUAUGUAUAUUCCGCAGUAUUAUUAGAGAAAAAUAAAUUAUAUCUAGACGAAAAGAUAAUUAUAAAAAAAUA